AGGGGUUGUCGGUCUGCGCAGGCGCUAAGAUGGCGGCUGCAAGGUGUUGCUCGCGCUUGGUGUCGGUGACCUGGAACCCAGUGGCUGCAGUCUGGCCUGGUACCGUGCGGAUACUCGCCACUCGGGGUUUCCGAACUGCCUUUGGGCUGGGCCCUGGGUUGCUAUCGGCUGGAGGUCUGGGUCUCAGGUUCGGCCUGGAGCUGAGGUUGCGGCUGCCCGGCUGUUCACCACAUUCUCUAGGUGUUGCUGCAUUUCAUACAGCUUCUCCUUUAGCCAAAACUGAUUAUUACGAAGUGUUGGGGAUCCCUCGCAACUCAACGCAAAGAGAGAUAAAGAAGGCUUAUUAUCAGCUUGCAAAAAAAUACCACCCAGAUACAAACAAAGAUGAUCCUAAGGCAAAGGAGAAAUUUUCCCAAGUGGCAGAAGCAUAUGAGGUACUGAGUGAUGAAGUGAAGAGGAAACAGUAUGAUACUUAUGGGAGAGUUGGGUUUGAUGCAGGAGAGCCAAAGAGUCAGCAAUACUGGCAUUCAGGCCCUUCAGUGGAUCCAGAGGAGCUUUUCAGGCGCAUCUUUGGGGAGUUUACUGGCUCUGGAUUCCGAGAUUUUAACACUGUCUUUGACCAGCACCAGGAGUAUAUCAUGGAACUGACCUUCACACAGGCUGCAAAAGGUGUGAACAAAGAGAUUAUGGUGAAUUUAGAGGACACAUGCCAGAGAUGUGAUGGUAAGGGAAAUGAACCAGGAACCAAAGUCCAGCACUGCCACUAUUGCAAUGGAAGUGGCAUGGAAACUCUGAACACUGGUCCGUUCAUGAUGCGUUCUACGUGUCGGCGCUGUGGUGGGCGGGGAUCUGUUAUGACGACACCCUGUAUCGUGUGCCGAGGAAGUGGGCAGAGUAAACAGAAGAGGAAAGUGAUGGUACCAGUUCCAGCUGGUGUGGAGGAUGGACAGACUGUAAGGAUGCCAGUGGGACGCAAGGAGAUCUUCAUCACCUUCAGGGUCCAAAGGAGCUCAACUUUUCGAAGGGAGGGAGCCGACAUUCACUCUGACCUGUAUAUAUCCAUAGCCCAGGCAGUUCUUGGGGGCACAACACGGGCUGUAGGACUGCAUGAAACAAUCAACAUCACGAUUCCAGCAGGGAUUCAAGUUGAUGAGACGAUUCGACUUGCUGGUAAAGGUAUCCCAAAAGUCAACAGUUAUGGAUACGGAGACCACUAUAUCCACAUAAAGGUGAAGAUCCCAAAGAGGUUGACGGCCAGACAGAGUUCCCUGAUGCUGGCUUAUGCAGAGGAGGAGAAUGACGUGGAGGGCACAGUGAAUGGAGUAGUUAAUACCGCUGCAGGCACUAAAGCCCAGGGAACCACUGAGACCAGAGGAAAAGAGUCAGACACGCCCAAGGCAAAUCCAGAGGAAAGUAAAGAGGGAUUCUUUUCUAAAUUGAAGCGAAUGUUUAGCUGACAUUUCAGAGGAAAGCGCUCAAGUGGAAACUGAGCCCAGCCUGGCUACCAAGAUUGUGGGCUGGUGUGCUACUGUGAAGGAUGGACGUUUUACGCCAUCACCGUCGGAGUGGCAAGAGCUGUUGAAGGAAUUCCUUCUCCUUGAAAUGAAACAGCAAGAACCUAGAGACAAACUCAUUUUCCAAUAAGAAAGCCUUUACAUUUUAUUUUGUAGUUCUGAUUAAUUCUGUACAGUGUCAAUGGCCAUGUAAAUAUAGUGACAGGUACAUAUUUAAUUACAGCUGUUAUAUGUUGUCUGAAACAUUGAUUAUAAAAUUUUUGUUCUGAAAAUUAGGUGUUUAUUCCAUUUAAGUGUUGUAUGUCUUGAAAUUACAAAUAGUUCCUGGAGUUUGAUUGUUUAAAAUUGGAAGGAAUUUGUUUCUUUUCUUCAGUUGGUUACAUGAUUAUUUUUACUGCUUGGAGUGUUUGUGUCCUUGCAAAUAUACUAGUGCAUCUUUGGAUGUGGUAAUCCAAACUAACUCCAGAUCCAUUAGUCUUUGUGAAGUCGUCAUCUUCCUCCUCCUUUCCUACCCUCACCUCUCCCCCAAAAAACAUUAGGUGCUGUAACAAAGCAAAACAGUGAAAUAUUCUAAUCAUGCAGAUUUCAGUCAUUCUCCUUUGGAAUGAGAUUAGUUACUCAUAUUCCACUGGGAGUUCUGCCAAGAAACGAACAGCUGUUGUCCUGGGAAGCAGUGUAGAAUCACAGCUGAUCAAGUUUUUGUCAUAUGUAGUGAAGUGACAAACUCUGAAGGGUUCAGGGUGACCGUACAAGAAUUUAAUAUCAUAAAGGUUUGAUAAAGAGUUUAUGCCAAGCAACGUGUUCAACACUGCAGUGUCUGCUUCAUUAGUGUGAUAAUAGAGGCAGUCUUUAUUAAAUAAUUCAAAUGCAGUAUAUUUGUUUGAAAAAUAAGUAUGGAAUUUGACAACUAACUUUGUUGACUUCAGACUUGUGAUUCCAUAAUUCUCUUCUGGGACUUUGCUCACUUCAUAUCUGAGGUGAAGGAUAACAUAACAAUUCCACUAUCACUUCAUACAACUACCAGGAUGGUAAAAAAGUCUAAAUAUUUCUUACUGCAUCAACAAUUUUUGUUCCUACAUACAGUUU